ACCAGCCCCUCCUCGUCGGCUUCUGAAGAACCCCUCCGCUGUUUCUGUCGGCUCCCGGAAACGGAAAGCAAAAUGCGGACGCUGGUAAACUGUGACCGCUGCCAAGAAUGGUACCAUCCCCACUGCGCGAAUUUCCCGGUCAAGGCGUUGAAAGACAUGAAAUCCGGGUACCUUUGCCCGGGGUGUCGGCACGAGGACGGCCUUCCCUCCGAGCUGGCUUGCCCUCCCUUGCAGGGAGGACGGGGGGGAGGUAAAGGUGAGGGUGGGAAAAGAAAAGCGACCUUGAAGGAUGUUGAGGAAACUUUGGCUCAGGCGGACAAGCUGGCCGUCUACCACUUCGACGCCUUGCCUUUCUUGAAAUUUGUGAGCGAGGCGGCCGGAAAGUGGAGAGACCGAGCGCGUCGGGCAUUAGGCUUGCUGACAGCAGAGAAAGAGAAGAACGCGGAAGCGGCCAGGGAGGAGGAGGAGAGGUCGGAAGGAGAUGCGUCACUGCAGGAGUUGGCGAGGGCGUUCCACGGAAGGCGCAGGGAACGGAGUUAUGAAGAGCGCCUGAGGAUAGAGGCCAGGGUGUUGCGGUGCGUGGCCGGCUUACUCUCGGAAGCCCGCGUCCUGGAGUUGAGCGUGGACGAGGACUUGACUCGGCAGCUGAAGACGUUCUUGUGGCGUUUGAUCGCC